CUCUCGUCGUAAUCACAUAGCGAAGUCGUUGAGCGGUUACGAGUAGGCAAUUAGUAAAGUUUGUUUUACAAAAUUGAGGUUGUAAGUUAGGAAAAGGUAAGAAAAAAAUGGCCGACGACAGCACAGCCACCUGCAUCGACAUCCUCCUUGCCAUCAUCCUCCCUCCUCUUGGGGUUUUCCUCAAGUAUGGUUGCCAGGUGGAGUUUUGGAUCUGUUUGGUGCUCACCAUCUUUGGGUAUCUUCCUGGAAUUAUCUAUGCUGUCUACGCUAUCACCAAGUGAUUUUGCCCUUCAGUUUUUGUGGGCAAUGAACAGUUGUCAAGGGCGUUUGUGUCUUUCAACUCGGAUAUUGGUGUUCAAGUAUAACCGUAUGAUCUUUGAUGGACAAAAGUGAUUCUUUUUUAUCUCUUAUCAGUGUCAGUGUGUCACUAUUCCUUUUUUUAUUGUCCUGUUUUUACAUUGUCUGUUCUUGUCCCAUGUGGGAAUGAAAGGGUGGAGCUUGUGGCCUCUAAGACAUGGUAAUCGAAUUGAAAUAUACUAGUUGGUCAGUGUCAAUCAUCUUGUUCAUGUUUCUCAGACCUUAAUAUAUUUAUUUAAUGUCAAUUGUGCUAUUACUAAAUUACUCUUAAAUUAAUAAAAUCUCGAUUUAUUCUUA